AUGAUUAACUGGACUAUAAACAGUGUAGAUGUACUAGGCGACCAAUGUCUUGUCAAAUUCGGCGACAACACAUUACGGUGGUACCCUUCCAAAGAAAUAAAUCACCUGAAAGUAAACAAGGCGGACAGUGGACCCUUGUGUGUCAUUUGUAAAACAUCCGAAGACAAGGAAGGUGAUAAGGUCAUCGUUUGUGACAAAUGUGGCAGGGGGUACCAUCAGAAAUGUCACACACCGAAGGUGCUGAAUCUGAAUGGAACCUGGAACUGCCGAAGAUGUGUAGACCAGACGCAUUAUAUAAGAAAAAUGGAAAAUAGAAAUAUGCGGAGGGAAAUUAGAAGGAAUAGCACAAGUACUACAGCUGAAAUUGUCAACUCGGCUAGUGUAAUUCCUGCACCGGUUGUGGAGAAUCAAUUACCAUAUGAUCUUGAGAGUCUAACAUGGGAUGCAUAUCACCGGAAGAAUGCCCAACAGACUUACUGUUAUUGUGGAGGCAACGGUGAGUGGAACAAUCAGAUGUUGCAGUGCAUCAGGUGUCGACAGUGGUUCCACGAAAGGUGUAUCGGGUGUCUGCAGUAUCCACUUUAUUGUGGUGACAGGUUUUACAUCUUCGUGUGCUCCUCUUGUAAUUUCGGAAACGAAUUUGUGAGACGUCUGGAAACAAAAUGGGUCGACAUAGUCCAUCUACUAUUAUUCAAUUUAACCUCAUACAAUAAUAUAAAAUACUUUGAUUUAGAUAACGUUAUUUUACCUUACGCUCAUGAUAAUUGGCAUGCCCUGCAAUUGACACCACAGAUGAAAGAUAUUCCACUAGCAGAAAUGCGCGAACAGAUUUUGUAUGCUUUAUCGAAUAAUAAGAAUCGUUUCAAAUGUGGACGAGAGAACAAGAAGAAGGUGACAAUUUGGGGCUUACGAGAAAGGGUGCCUCCACCAGCUCCUUGUAUAAGUCUUAAUUUCUCGGGGGUUGUAACCGAUGCAAAUCUGCGAGAGGCUUUGAAGGGGAAUAAACGGAUGCAGUUUCUUGAUCGUACUCCUGUGAACAAAUCCACCAACAUGACACUCCAAUCAAUCAACUCGAAUACAUUCACCUCGAAUAGCAUAGCAAUGAAACGUCGUGAGAACAUAGUAGUUCCCUUAGACUCCAACAUGAUCUCCAUAAUGAAAGGCAACGCAUAUCGCCAAAAAAUUGCCAAAAAUUCCGACUCCGAUUCAAUAUGUUCCCUUGAUGACAAUGAAGACAUGUUCAAAAAAGAGAACGACAGACAAGAAUUGAUGUCAGCAGACACCGAUGUGAGCGAGGACAUCAAAAUUCCUGAGGCUAGGAUAAUUGAAAGUGAUAAAAAGGAUGAGUUGAAAUUGAUAUUAAAGAUAGAGACUUCUGAAUCGAAGUUGACGGGUAGUAGAAGGCGUAAGAAUUUAAGAAAGUCUGUACGAGAAGAUAAAGCAAAAGCUGUGUGUCCACCGACACCACCUACGUCAGUAUCAGCACCUCCUACGCCACCAGCAACAGGUUCCAAUUCAAACGACACCAACUACUACGUCAAUGAAAACUCCAAAGACUCCAGGUUAGAACCGAUGGACACGGAUAGUGUAGUGCAUCUGAAAUCCAUGUUCGACAGCCUAAAAUCAAUUAGACAUGACCGAUGUGAUUCAUCAGACGAGACUUCGUCCAGAUGCACCUUAGAUUCCAUUAUCCCGCCGCCUAAGAAUUUUAGAGGGAAGAACAAUCCCUUUCAUUCGCCGCCUAAAAGUACAAAUCCUGAUCUGUUGAAGGGAAAGAAUAAAUUGAGUGCGAAGAAGAGGAAAAACAGUGUGGUGGCCAACUUGUUUGAUACCAGGCCUGCUGCUAGGACGCUGAAAAGGAAACUGAGUGAGAAGGAUUUAUUGAUUGGGGAAAAUGGAGAGGUGAAGAGGAAAAAGUUUAGGAAGUCGCGGGGGCGAAAUUCACUGCCAGAGAUGUCAAACUCAACAACAGCCUCCAAGACGGCCCUCUUCACGCCGCUCCACUCGACUGAAACAACCCAAAGAUCUCUCCGAAGCAGCCUCAAUGUACCUCAAACAAGCAGCACCCCCAUCUCGAACUGCGUCGACUACGCCCUGAACGGCCGGAGACUCCGCCAGCGCCAAGACAUCACCUACGCUGAAACAGGCCGAAGAAACUCCACCAACGGACGUCUCUCGACACAAAUCAGUCAGAUCAGUCAGAUAGGACAAUCAGCCCCCGGGGGCAAAGUCUCCGAUGUCUGCAUGACCGAUCUGAAGAGCUCGGUGAAUGUUUACUUUGGUGCCAUGAAUAGGAUUCUGAAUGGUGAAAAGUUUGCAGUGCAGGGCAGGAGGAUCAACUCGGAUGGCAAGGUGCAGUAUUUGAUCGAAUGGGAAGGAGGACCAUCGUAAUGAGAUGGUGGAUCGAGGGAGGAUGUAUAAUGAAGGUACUUUUUUAUUCGUACUAUGUUUGAGUAAAGUGGUUAUUGUGGACACUUUUUGUAUAAAGCGGUUAGGUAAUAGUUGUUUGAAUUUUUUGGCAAGUUUUGU